AAAAUCUUAGGUUGAAUUUAUUUAAUUUUUUUUUACAAAAUUAUAAUUUAAUUUAAAAAUUAUAUCCUGCAUCAAAAUAAGUUUAUUUUAAAAUUUAAAAUAUUUUAAAACUUAGUUUAUGUAAGGCAAACAAAAAAAAAAAGACACAAAAAGACAUUUUUUUUCAAUACUUUCUAAGCUGCGAUCUAAUUUACCUACCUUUUAUAAGCUGAAGUUUACCAGAAAGGACUUUUCAUUUAUUGUAAUAAGAAACAUAUAAAACUGCAGUCAAAAGUCGCCAUGUCACAUGGAGGCCAGGAAUGUAUGUAAUAUUUCCAGCUGAUGAACUCAUUUUAAUGACAUACGGUCCAGCAUUGCCAAGAAUCAAACCGCGACCAACCUUGGACUGCCUCCACGAUCCUCUUGUAUUAAACUACGGCAGAACCUUAUUCCCACACGAUAUUCCCCAACAACAACAACAACAACAACAGGCAUCUUCUUCAAAACAACUCGUCAGUCCUGCACCACUGCACAAACCACCACCGUCACCGCGUACCACAAAGCAGCAGCAGCAACAGCAGCCACUCAUGCACACCUCUGCACAUGAUGAGUCAUCACGUUCCCGUCCCUCCUCAUCCAAUCGAUUCCAUCCCAAUGACUCCAGCUCAGCUGUCGAACCAUAUGGCCUAAACGAUCCCGAAACCCCCGCCACCGAUGAUCCCUACCUAGAUGACUAUGGAAUAUCCCGCGAACGCAGCCCCAGUAUAUAUUUGGAACCUCCAAGUCCUGACUUGUCGACCAGUCGUCCGGCAACGCCGUCUUCAAAACCUAAGUCCCCACAAACAAAAAGCAAACUACGUCCAAAACUUAACAUUUCCCUGGGUCGUUUAGGCCGACAGCAGCGUGAAAUAAACGAAUCGGCGAGAUUGCGUGAAGAUCUUCAUUUACACGUCGAGAAUCCGACUUUUACCCGCGAAAAUCUUCGAGAGAGAAAUUUUGAUGCUUUCUUUGAAUCUGGUGAGCCAGUUUACAAGCUACACCCAAAGCCGGCAUCAUCUUCGAAUCUUGCGGUUGAUUCACUUUCACCAUCGUCGGCCAGCUUUGAUGGAGCUAGUGGUGGAUUUGAUAUGGGAUCGCCAAAGGCUGGUAGUUCUUCGUCACGAUCUAAAGAAGCCUUAAGUUCACGAUCGAAAAGCGCCGAUUAUGAUAGUGAGAAAAAGACGACUGGUGUGCCCCAGAAAGGUUUCUUGGGAAAAUCUUCAGGUGGGCAAAAAGGACGUAGCUUCUUUGGGUGGAGGGGACCACGUGGUGGUUCCCUUAGCCCCCAGGCCAGUAUGGCUUUCUACAAUGGGGUGCUAAAGGAUUACGGACAUCCUAAUAUGACUGAGGCUUUUAAAUCCCAAAAUAAUGUUACCUUCAAAUUGAUUAAAACAGUAUCUGAUUUCAACGAAACCCUUUCCCAUUUAUACGAAGAGCAUGCAACCGCACUUCAAACGUUGGUUACCAACUACAGAAAGAAAAACGGAGAGCUAAGAAAAGAAAGACCUGCGUGCCAUUCGAGCAUAUUCCAAGCAUGGGAACAAUUCCUUCAGGAAGUUGAAAGUGACGUUCAAGCAUCAAAUGAUGUGGCCAGUGUGCUCUCCAGACAGGUGUCAAGGCCAAUGCUUGAUAAAUCUUUUCAUCGUAAAGUUCAAAGUAGGAAAAUUUUCACCCACAGGGAGUCUUUUGAAACCAUUAUCGCAAAGACUGAAGAGAAAUUAUCAAAGUGUCGCCAGGAUUACAAGCAGUGCUAUGUGGCGCAUCGACAAAGUCCAACUCAGAUGUCCUUAACUGAGUACAUUGAUGCUCACAAUGCAUACGUGCAGCAAUUGCAUGCCACAAAUGCCAUGUUGGAGACGUAUCAUUGCGAGACAGUUCCACAAUUGAUGCAGGAGUUGGAGGAGAUACACAAUGACCUUAGCAGUAUUAUUGCCGAGUCCAUUCUGCAGGGUGCAGAUGUAAUUGCAAACAAGGCAUCAGAACAAUCAAAACGUUACUCAAGCCUAACACAACAAUGCAAUGUCGUUGCACCACAUCAGGACCUUGCAAACUUUGUUCGAAUAUUACCGUCGCCAGCGAAUGUUCCAAAAGUUCCUAAACGGCCAUUCGCUCCACCUCAGCCUCCAGGCGAGGUAGAAGACGUCAACGAGUAUAAUGACAUAACACCAGUACUAAGAAAUGAACUUGUUUUUGAACGCUAUUCAUCCCUGCAAUUGCGUCCAGCUUUGGAGUCUCUUAAACGAGAGGCAACCGACUUGGAAAUGCAAAUACGUCAACUUCAGGAUUCCGUCGAUUCACUGACUCGCACUCAACUAAGAGGUAUUGAGGGCCAACUUUAUAAUAAAGUUAAUGAGCUGCAGGAAGACCUUUCUAUGAAAAAGUUCGAUUUGAGAGCGAAACAAAUUCACUUUGCGGCUGUUCGAGCACAGAAAGAUUUAUUCUUGAGCAAGCUAGAUCCAGGUUCACCACGAGGGGAGCGUAAACUUUCUGCUGCAAGUGCGUCAUCGAUGAAAACAAAGUGGCUGAAAGCAUUUAGAAGCCUAAAGCCGGCUUCUGGUUCCGCAGCACAGCCAGAUAGUCAUCCCCGAUCAAACCAAAUGUAUCACGCCGUUUCAACCGUUUUAACCCUAAGGCGAAAUGGUGCCACAGGAAGUGCACCCUCUCAACCACUACGACCUAACGAAGAUGGAAGUCAUCACCUGCAAGAGUACACGUACAAGAAAAUCACCGCAUGCGACGUUUGUUCACAGAUACUUCGAGGACACACAAGACAAGGCUUGCGGUGCAGGAUAUGCAAGUUGAACACACAUGGAGAUUGUGCACCUCAAUUACCACGAUGCCAAGCUAAGCAGAAACUCCUAAGACGCCAGAAGAGCACUUCAGAACUGGAGAAUCGUGUUGAUGUCGAGGAAGAAAAAAUCACGGACAUCGAUCAAAUCUAUCGAGUCCUUAAGCAAGCCGGGGACGCUGGUAAAUCCAAUGCAGAAAAAUCAUCCGUCCAGCUUAAGCCCAUUGGGGCAUUGGAUCCAAGUAUAGCCCAGCAGCUUCAAUCACAACAACAACAACAACAACAUGAGAUACCUAUUGUCAAUGUUCCCGAAUGUCCCGAGAGGUCAACCCUAACAUCGGUUGUAUCAGCUAUGUCUGGGGGUCGUCGUGGAGGCACAUCCCAUCGGCCAUCGGCACCACCAAGUGCUCCUAGCGGGUCGAGGGGUCUUGCGGCACCAACGCAAGAUAUAUCUAGUUCUUCAGCUCCCCAUUCACCACGACGCCAAAAACUUAAUCUUCGCAUGAAAUCACUAAGCUUGGACUCACCAGAGUCAUCAGAGUUACAUGGCCAGAUGCGUCGAAGGCAACCAGUGCCAGGGACAUCAUCCUACUACCAUGGAGGAUCUGGAGGUCAUCUGGAACACAGUACACCGCCAUCAAACAACAGUCGAUUGCAUUCGCCAUCUAGCCCAUCUCAUCAGCGGAAACUUUUAUAUGCGAAUCGUGGCAUGAGAACUGGAUCUGUUGAUUUGCCAGAUGAUAUGGAAAAGUCAUUGUCAUCAGCAAGCACUUCACCGUGUCCAUCACCAAAGUCUCAUCGUUUAUUGCCAACAAAUCUGUAUGUUAUCCUGUACAACUUUAAAGCAAGACAUGCAGACGAGCUGGACUUGAAAGCUGGAUAUAAGGUCACUGUUAUUGAAACAUCUGACCCAGACUGGUGGAAAGGAAAGCUACUGGGACGUGUGGGAUUUUUCCCAUCGAAAUAUUGUGCUCGCUUGAAUGCCGGAGAAAAGCCUCUGCAAGUCACCCACAAUCUUCAAGUGUCAGAUGGAGAACGUGGUGAAAACAUGACUUUACUAAGGGAUCAAAUAGUUAUUCAAACUGGAGACGAAGUCAAUGGUAUGGUUAUGGUUCGUUCCGCUGACAAUCGCCAAGGCUACUGUCCAAUUAAAUACUUACAAGAGGUGUGACAGCCAGAAGAGCCGCCAGCGGUUUACGAUCGCGAUCGUGACAAACCGCAAAAAUCAUCUCUAUCAUCGAAAUUGCUCGAUAAGACCAAACGUAGAAUAAGAAUAGUUGUCACCGAUAGCGGUGGCAGUACAACUAGCUAUAAUCAUACCAACACAAAUGGUAAAACUAAUAAUACUAACAAUAUUAGUAGUAGUCGUAAUAAUAAUAAUUUUAGUCACGAGUAUAGCUUAAAUAAUAACAGUAGUUUAAGCAAUAGCAAUAAGUGUAAGAAUGAUAAAAACUGGGAAAACUGGGAACGAAUUAGGGAACAAAAGCUAGAACGAAUGAAAAGUAUUUGCUUCGAAAGUUACCGCCAAUCGAAGAAAGAAAAGCUACUCAAUGCCAAACCUAAGCCCAAGUCACUUGAUCCGUCCUGGUAUACCGAUAAUAUCUAUUCGAAUCGUUCGGAGGACUUGGAUGAUGAUUAUGUUCCGGAUUGUCUAAAAUAUGGAAUGUAUAAGAAAUUGAGGAAUAUUCGUGAGCUGGAUGAGUCCUAUGACAGUCAAGAUGGUGGAGCUGGUCAUAGUUUGCAACGAUCUUCGAGUUGCAAAGAAUUUAAAUAUCCCAAGUCGAAGAGUUGUUGCUUCGGAGGUUAUGACCAAACUACGGUAAAGGCUCCAGCAGUACCCAAGUCGUUUUCUUUUAGUGCUGGAACAUCGAAAACUAUGCCUUUCGAUGUGAUUGACUACGAACCACCUCCGCCAACAAGAAAGGACAAGAAGGCAAUGCGUAAAUCUAUGGACUACCACUGUGCCGAUACUCAUACACGUUGCUGCGCUAGGGACAGAUGCACAAGUUCCAAGUGCCUGUUGGAAGAAAUUUACAACUUCAAUCGACGCACUGUUCGGGAUCGACGUCAUUUAGAUCGAGGGCCGAGUACCAGCAGACGGAACUUGAUCGCCGAGUGGGAAGAACGAAAUCGAAGACCUUCUAUUCGCUACCCCACUUGCGACGAGUUUUGUCACCAUCAUCAGCAAUCCAGACAUAGGCCCUGCUAUGGCUCUGCCCCGGGAUACACUGAACACUUUGAAGACCAUUACCACUGCAGGGCAGACCCGUACGAUACCGAUUUGGAUCACUUCAUUCGUGACGAACGAGAGCGCUUAAUGUGUCAGGACAAGUUCCUCGACGAGGACGAGCACUUUCUUUCGAACGACUACCGACCCAGGCGCAAUAAGUCAAUGCUGGAGGUAAAACCUCCCAGUCGGUACGAUGACGACACUUGUUCCGAUUCAACCGAAAUGGACUUGGAAGACUUCAAUAUUGACCUAGAAAAGUACUGGGAAGAGCUCGAAAAGCCUCCAAGUCCCAUCGAUCUUGACAUGCAACAGCGCAACAUGAACAGCAAUUUGAAAGUGAAGAACGUCAAUGUUGGAUGCUAUAACAAUGGCGCUCCCAUCGAUUCUCACGACCGCGAACAAGAACGCAUGAUGAUCAAGAAGAAUCUUCUCGAAGGUAUGCCCUCGCCACCCCAACAAAAUAAUAGUGAGUUUCAUUUUUUUGAACAUGCUGGCUCGCCCCUCCAUCGUUUUUCCCAAAAAGUCUAUCCCGAAUCAAUUCCAACCUAUAAAUAUAAUAACUUCUAUCCAGAACACAGUUCCAGUGGCCAUCACCAAGCUAGUGGCGGUGGUGGCGGUCACAGUGCACUGAGCCUUAUCAAUAAUAUCUUUUCGAUAUACAAACCAAACAAGUAUUCACCACUUAACUGCCAACUUAAUGAGACCAAGCCCGAGCCUUGCAAGAAAAUGAAUGUCCCCAGUACUAGGAGACCAUUGGGUGCUCCGCAUAGUGAGUAUAUGCAUUCGAUGAAACGCCCAUUAAUCGUUAGCACCGAACAACCACAUUUUAAGAUUAUACCAGAAAAAACUGGUCUAAAGAUAUCACCGUUGUAUCGUUUUGAUUUUGGUGAUAAACGAAAACACAAGUUAACCAGUACGGCUAGACCGCUUAUGUUUCCGCACUGAUGGUGCUGGACCUUUCCUUGGUAGGGUAGGCUUCUAUGGGGGGGUCUAUAUUUUUACCAGGGGGAGAAUGCACAAAAUGAUGGAAUUAAUAAUAAUAAUAAUAAUAAUAAAAAUUUAUGGAAGGCGGCAGCAGCGGCAAGGUGGCUUGGAUCAGCUUUUGAGAACUUUUACAUUCUUCUGAUUUAGUGGUGAUUGUUUAAAAAGAUGAAAAGUUGAAUGCUGCGUCGAAUUGGUAUAGAUCAAUUUAUAGGUUUAUUUACU